AUGGCUUACAACAGACCAUACAAUCCGGACGAACUGCCAAGAUUCGCAGAACCCGACCAAAAAGGCGGCGCGCCUCAUCCCUCCUCUCGCUACGAGUCUAAGCCCCAACCGCCUGUUCCUAGCACCCGACACGAUUCCCUUCCGACUCGUCGCACAGACACGGGACGCCUGACUCCUACUGGUUACGGCCCGAGCGGUUCGAGCGGUUAUAGCAAUAAUAGUGGUGUCAGCAGCCACAGCAACAGCUACGAUUACGGCUAUAGGCCGAACCUACAAUCUACUAUGUCGCCGCCACCUACCGCGACGGGCCCGCGACCAACGGCCCAUAACCGCCCACCUCCUGCGAGUCGGCCGCCUCCUUCUCCUACCCCUCAGGACGGUGCUGCCGAUCCUACCCUGCUACCUCUAUUCAAAGCCGUCGACAAGAACAAUACCGGUCAGCUCUCCGAAAAGGAACUAUCAGCCGCUCUCGUAAAUGGCGACUGGACGGCUUUCGACCCACAAACGGUGCGCAUGAUGAUUCGUAUGUUCGACAGUGAUCGGUCGGGGACUAUCGGAUUCGAUGAAUUUUGCGGACUGUGGUCAUUCCUAGCAUCGUGGCGAGCACUGUUCGACCGAUUUGACGCGGACCGGAGCGGCAACAUUAGUCCAGACGAAUUUAGCAACGCCCUCGUGGCCUUCCGCUACCGCCUCAGCCCCGGUUUCGUCGACCUCCUCUUCCGCACCUACGACAAGCGUAACGAGGGCGUCAUGAGCUUCGACCUCUUUGUCCAGGCCUGUAUCAGUCUUAAGCGGAUGACCGACGUCUUCAAGAAGUAUGACGAGGACCGCGACGGUUACAUUACUCUCAGCUUCGAGGACUUCCUCGUCGAGAUCUUAAAGCAGCUCAAGUAA